AUGGUCAUUUCGUGUUUUAAUCAUGCUCCCCCUCUCUCGUUCACAAUUCUUCAAGGAACAAUCCCCAAUUUCUCAAAAACUCAUCAGAUCCCCAAAUUGAAACUCAAUCCAUCACUGACGUUCCUCCCUCAUCGUCUCCGGCACGACUCCUUCACCUCGCCCCAUCGCCGUCGCCAAUCUCCGUCAAGACCCGCCGUCACUCGUAAACCGCCGCUCGCUCCAUCAGCCCAGGCUACUGAUCGUCGUUCGCAGACGCUCAGCGUCGCCGUUGGACGGACGCUGCUGUCCGUGAGUCGCCAGCCUCCGUCAGUUGCCUACACCGCCGUUCGCAGCCGCUGCUAUCCGUCCAAUCACUAUAUCGCAGCAUCAAGAUCGGCAGCCCCGAUUCCCAUUAAAGGUGGAGGCUCCGGCUCCGGCAGGAUCGGCCUCAGGAUCGGCGUCAAUGCCGAGGAGGAAGAGGGCGACCACGAGGUUGUGGGGGACGGCACCCGUCAUCCAUACAGCCAAAAAGAGACGUUGGCUCUGUACGACGCUUGGAUUAGCGUCUCGUAUGAUUCUGUCGUCGGGAAUCAACAAACCAACAAGUGUUUUUGGAAAAAAGUCACCGAAGUUUACAACGCACGAAGGCCGAAGAACACAUUUGCCCGCAACUUGAAGAUGCUCCGCAGUCAUUGGGAGCGAUGCGACAAAGAUGUCAAAAAAUUUUGCGCGAUAUAUAGGGCAGAGGCGGCGAAUUAUCAAAGCCGAUCCAGUGGAGCCGACAUUCGAGAGCGGCGUUGUGGGUCUUCAAAGACGACGUCGGUAAAGAUUUCAAGUUUGUCGAUGUUUGGUCGCAAGUCCAUUACCUUGAAAGGUGGGCUGGCGGUGUCGAGUCGGGCUCGAAACGCACGAAGCACACGGCGCGUGGUCACUACUCAUCUAGUGAUGGCGGGGAAGGCAACACCUCGCGUGAGGGCACGCCAAUCGAUGAUGCAAGGGGGUCUUCUUCCGGUUCACGGCGUCGGCCGCAAGGGACCAAGGCGGCGAAGGCGGCGAGAGCGAGGGGGAGAGGGAGGGCCGCGGCGAAUCAAGCCAGGCGGGCGAGGGCUCGGGCUCCGGCACGGGCACGGGCUCGAACACCCUAAUGUCCAUGUACCUGGUCGCCACGAUGGCUGACCUUUCAAGAAUGACUCCUGCCCAAGUUUCAGCCCAUAUGGACGGAAUUGAGUAUAAUUGAGUAUAUGAAAGCUCAACCUAGUAUAGGGGAUCGAUCUAACUUGGGUGCACCGCCGACUUCGGGGGAUGAUGAUUCGUCGGCGGAAUAGUUUUUAUAGUUUAAUUUAGAGUA